AUGAACUAUUCGGAAAGAGAGCUGGCAGUAGUUGAUAAUGGCCCAAACGGUCAGUUAGGAUGUGAGCUGGCCUCAGGGUGUGACGCUCAAGAUGACAUUUUCGCCACUGUACUCGAAAACGUUAGCUUCGUCGUCAGGACGUUCGAGUCAAGCGAGUCUAACAGUCUGGAGACCAAGUGUGAGCCAGAGUUGAGUGGAUUUCAUCUGCUCGAUCAGUUUGAAGAUUCGUACUUCAGUUUGGUUAAUGAUAAGAUAAGCCGACUCGAAGGGAAGGAAAUAGGAAGGCCCCUUGGUGAAAAGAACCGUACCAGUGAGAAAGAUUCUAAAAAGAUGGUUAGCAUUUUGGGAGACGUUUGGAUAGCCGAGUUUGAUGUUCCAGCAGACCUCGAGCUGUUUAAAAAAAUCCUGACUAACGCAAUUAGGACAGUGUGCCCGAAUUUAAAACCAUUCGAUGGCAACAACACACAACCAUCGGCAUUGGAAGAUCCUAAAGAUGGUAAAAAUUCUAGGAAAAGCAUCGAUUCUUUCGAAAAAGUUAUCUCUCGCACUAAAAAUUAUUCAAAACGAGAAAACAUUGAUCUCGAUCAUGCUAAGGCAUCCGAGGAGCCUGCGUCUAUCGAUAGGCGAGAUGAUGUGAUUAAUCCACCUGCAACUCCAGUUAAGAACAAAACCACUGAUUCGGGUGGAUGUAAAAAAUCUAAAUCGAAGCUCAGGAAACGUUUACCAAGAUCAGUGAAGUCAAUUCGUUUUUAUGAAGUGGCUGAGCCUGUAAGCAAGGACAAAGAAGAGGAGGAAUCAGUCGAGAAGCCAGUUGUGGAACAAACACGACAAGUACAACAAGAAGAAAAAGAGCCGCUGCAACAAUUACAAAAAGUACAGCAAGAAAAAGAACAGCUGGAUCAAGAGGACAAUGAAUAUGAAGAAUACGACCUUGAAGAAGAUUUUGAAGACUGUGAUGAAUUUGAGCUUUUUAAGAGAACUAGCAUGAGCCCCGAAAAGCCAAAGCCUCCCGUUGACAAGUGUACCGACUACUUGAAAACGGAAGAAUUUGCCCAGAUGCUCGCCAACUGCCCGUUCUUCAGCGGCCCCAAGGUCAACAAUGCGGCAAUUGCGAGCAGAAAGGCCGCGUUCAUCAUCGAUAAGCUAACGAAGGAAUCGCAGACCUUGAGGUCUAAAUCCUCCGGGGACGAGGCUGAAGUUUCAGAUUCUGGCUUUUUGAGCACAGAGGCGAUCCUGAGGGCCACUGAGUCCUACGAGCUCAUGGAGUUGACUGGAAGGCUGUCCUUCAUAGGCGACACCGUCAAGAGGAGGACCAAGAAGAGAUACAGGAGGAUUUUCACCUCCACUCCUCGGUACUUAAGGCGGCCAAAAUACAAGUCGAGGCACUCCUUCUUGCAGGUUCGUUUCCCUCAUGGCAUUUCCGUUCAGAAGCUCGACGCUCUGGUGGACCGCAUCACCACCAAAUACAUCAACAGGAAAAAGAACGAAAUUGUGUGCGAGAACUUUUACCGGACCAUGACUGACCCUACUGAAUACGUCGCUGGUACCCACGGCUGGAACCACGACCCAUACCUUUCUAAUCGCCAAGGUCCACAGAUACACGUUUUUAGCGUCUAUUUCUAG